AAGUGAAGCAAACGUGUUGUUUGAGUUGUUUUCUUCAUACACAAUAUUUCAUUCUUUUUCUUUAAAAUUUAAAAACUUUAUUUAAUAAAAUUAUUUAGGUAUUGAAAAUAUUAAGUGAACAUUUAUUUGAAUUUAUUUUAAUAUUUUAGUAAAUUAUUAUAAUGCCUCGUAUACCAGAUAGAUGGCUUGAUUAUACACCCGUUGGGGAAAUAAUAAAAGGAACACGUUUUAUUGCGUUUAAAGUUCCAUUGAAAGAGAGUUUUCUCUCUAAUGUACCAAUAGAUAACCAAUUAAGUUGUAAAUUACUUUUGGAAAAAGUACCUAACUUGGGAAUGAUUAUUGACCUGACAAACACAUAUCGCUACUAUGAUCCAAUUAAUCUCAAAGAAGCCGGUGUUGACCAUACAAAAAUUAUGGUUCCAGGACACGAAAUACCUCUAAAAAAAUUCACUGAUCAGUUCGCGAUGGCGGUAAACAACUUCCUACAAGAAAAUGCCGAUAAUGACAAACUGAUUGGAGUCCAUUGUACGCACGGUGUAAAUAGAACUGGCUAUCUGAUUUCGAAUUACAUGAUAUCUGAGCUGAAAAUAAAUCCGGAAGAGGCUAUACAACGUGUUGAAAAGGCUAGAGGACAUACCUUAGAUCGGCAAAAUUAUAAAAAUCACCUCUUGGGGAUAUCAACUUCAAAUGAUGAUAGUACUGCAGAAGUCAAUCAUUGGCGUACUAAAUCGCAUUCAUCACAAGCCAGUUUUCCACGUGAUAGAAGACAUGAAGAUAGAAUACAUGAAGAUAGAAGACAUGAAGAUAGAAGACAAAACUAUCAGCAAAAUGAUAAUUACAGAGCGGAGAGAUCUUACAAUCAGCAUUCUGGCAGAGAUGAGGGACCAAGAAGACCUUGGGUUAAUUUCAACGAUAGAGGUGUUGAAAAGCCCAAUAAAACUAUGAAUGUCGAUAAUUGGCGUGAUCACCCAGAACCCAAUUCAGAUUUGUCUAUCGUCAUCAAGCAUAAGAGUCGUAAUAGAAGACAAAACUUUCAACAAAAUGAUUGUGAUAGAGCCGAGACAUCAAACAAUCAGCAGAAAAGAUUUUUUGGCAGAGAUGAGAGACCUAAGAAAUCUUGAAUAAAAUUUUGUGACAAAGAUGGCAGAUCGAAAUACAUACCAUCUUAAAAUUAUUGUAAUGAUGUAGAUGAUAGAGGCUGAAUUAUCCAAUUGUCCGUGAAAGUAAAUGAGAAAUGUUUUUUGAAA